UGUGGGGGGUGGCGUUGUUUCCGAGGCUGCGGGCCUCUUACCAUGGUCCAGGCAGCCGACUCCAGCCAAGGUGUUUCUCCCGACGCCGUGCCGCGCUUGCUUCAUCCCGGGACCGAGGACUGCGCCUCUUUGGGGUUGAAUGUGCCAUGGCUCACAACCAGCUGAGAAAAAGAUCUCAUAGCAGGAGCCGAAGUGACUCUCGAAGCAAGCGCAACCUGGCAGAGAAAAAGAAGGUAAAGAAAAGGAGGAAGAACAGUAAAGAUUCCUGGAGCAGGAGAAGCCCGUCUCCGGGCAGCAAAAGUGGCCCUGAAUCCAUGAGGCUCAGGCUGUGCUCAGAGAAAAAAAAGAAAAAAGACAAGAAGAAAAGGAAGACCAGCAUGGUGGCCUCUUCAUCCUCCUCCUCCUCCUCCUCCUCUUCCUCCUCCUCCUCUGAGAGCACGUCCCACUCUUCUGGAUCCUCCUCUGACUCCUCUGACUCCUCACCGGAAGAGUCGAGCGACGGCGAAUCCAGGCCCAAAAGGAAGAAGCCGAGCAAGAAGAAGCUGGCCAAAGGGAAGGAUAAAAAGGAAAAGAAGAGGAAGAGGAAGAGGAAAGCAAAGAAGAAGGCCAAGAAGAAAAUGAAGGAGAAAGAGGGGAAAACAAGACUGGAGGAACUGCCUGGACCGUCUUUAGACCAGUGGCAGAGAGAGACGGUGGCAGACCCUGGGCCAGCCCUGACCGAUGAGCAGAAAUCUCGCAUCCAAGCCAUGAAGCCAAUGACCAAAGAGGAGUGGGAUGCGCGGCAGAGCGUCAUAAGGAGAGUCACCGACCCGGAAACAGGGAGAACAAGGCUUAUUAAGGGCGAUGGCGAGGUCCUCGAGGAGAUUGUUACCAAGGAGAGACAUAAGGAAAUUAACAAGCAAGCCUCCCGAGGAGAUGGCCUUACUUUCCAGAUGCGGACGGGAAUGCUGCAGUAAUACUGGUAGAGUGUGUUCCUCUGUGCCAAAGGUGGAUUUCCUGCCCAGUCAUGACAGGCUUUGUCAGAAACAGCGCAUACCCCGUUUGUCCCCACGAAACAUGCAUGACCAGUAACAUACAUUGCAGAAAAAGGUGGGGGAGAGUGAGGUCCCAGCCCACAGCUGCUGCAUGCAUUUGCCACCUCCGGGGGGUUCAGCUUUCCUGUUUUGCUGCAAGGCUCCUCCAUUGCCCUCUGCAGAGGUCCUCCGGGAGAAGACUCCCACUUCCUUUCUGACCUGGCCAACACAAUCCCAGAGUAAAAGGAGGCCGAGUAGAAACAGACCUGGACAAUGUUGGGCUUCUGUUCCCAUUGAUCCCAGCAGUCUAGUCAGGGAUGAGGGACAUUAUAGUCCAUCAUGUAGCUACAGCCACUCUGGCCUGUGCCAAAAGACAUAUAUCCGAUUUGGUUCUAGAAAUGGACUGAGGCCUCCUUGACUCCAGAUUAGAAUUGACAAGAUAGGCCUACUGGAAGAGAGGUCUUUAAUUCUAUUUCAAAUUUGUUUAGCUGCCGGCUCUCUUCCGGCGGAUCAUGCCACAAUCGAAAGGCGGCUGAUGGAAAGGUCCUCUGAGUGACAGGUGACAGUCGGGUUUGAGUUGGUUGGAGUAAGCAUCCUCCAGAGGACCUCAGGGUCCCAAAGGAUUGUAGGUAUCCUGUAGGUAACCUGGACCCAACCAUGUAGGGCCUUUAAGGCCAAAACCAACACUUUGUACUUGGCCCAGAAACUCUUUUGACAGCUAAUGGAGUGACUUUGAAUAUGGGUGUGAUAUGUUUGCUCCUAGAUGUUCUUGUAACCAAUCUGGCUGCCAUGUUUUGAACUAAUUGGAGUUUCCGAAUUUGGUCCAGAGGGAGCCCAAUGUAAAGGGCACUGUAGAAGUCCAGUCUUGAGGUUACCAGCAUGUGCCUCAUCAUAUUUAUUCUGAUUCUCGAAAGGGGCGCAGCUGGAGUAUCAGCCAAAGAGGAUAAUAAGCACUCCUGACCGUCGCGUCUAUCUGCACUGACAUUUAGAGACACCUCUCCCCCUGAAAUUGGUUUCCCUGAUGGAGGGCUCUUGAGGGUUGCUCAUGCCGCCAGCGUUAUGCAAUUGGCAGAUGAAGGGGAAUGGGUCUUUUCUUCUUUCCCCAGUAUUUAUUUGGACAGGUUGAUGAGCUGUCCUCCUAAAGAGACACCUUACGUAAGAGGUGGGAGCAGCUGUUUCCAAGUCCUGCCUCGGCAAUCAGGCACGGGCGCAGAAAUGUAAUUUGCGUCCUGUGCUUUUAAUUAGCUCCCCAUUGUUGAACAAUAAUGCACCUGGGAUUUGGCAAUCGGUGCAAAGCAGGACCAAGAACAUCGUGAAGUAUUUACAAAAUGUUGGAAGGGAACAAUUGACUGCAGGAAGGUUGCAUAAAUGCUCAGCUUUUAUAGCUUAAGUUUGGAUUGAUUGCGCUCUUAGACGCCUGUGGCUUCCUUUUCAAAAUCAAAAGUUCCGUUCAAGCCAUAAUACCCAGACCCAUCCAGAUAACAAAUGCUGCAAAUACGCUGUAUCGCUUCAAUUCCAAGACACACCUUUUUCUUAUAUAGACAGAUCUGAAAAUGGGGUGAGUCUUAGAAUCACAGGGGUAUCAUAUGUAUUUUUAUUGGUGGUGGCAGUCCUGAAAUUUGAGUGCGUCUUCCAAUCAAAGAAAUACAUUACUGUAUUAAAACAACCUUCCUUGCCAGUCACCUAUAUCAUCUGUUCAUUAUGGAAGGGGAUACUGUUAAGCGACAGGUUUGGUCCUCUUAUCAGUGGUCAUGUUGUAGCUUGAAAAAGGCACAUGGAUGAUGUUCUGCAUGCGCAUGGGAUACCUGUGGCACUGGGAGGACUAUUGAAUCAAGGAGGAGGCCAAGAACACUCCUGCUUGAUUCCUUUUGUCCACAACUGAGUAAAUGUCACAUGAGAUCAAA